UGUUGAUUUGGGCUGGGGUGCGUGUGUGUGUGAGUGAGUGUGUGUGUGUGUGUGUGUGUGUGUGUGUGUGUGUGCGUUACAUGCACACUGACAUUCGAAACCUGCCUAGACAUGUCCCAGCUUAAAAUAGAUGUUAACACAUCAACCCCUCUCUAGCAAUAGCAGCGGCGGUAGCAGAGGCAGCAACGGCGGUGGCAGCAGCGGCAGCAGCAACAGCAGCAGCGGCGGCGGCAGCGGCAGCAGCCAGCAGCGGCAGCAGAGGGGGCGGCAGCAGCCGCAGGAGGUGGAGGAGGAGGAGGAGAAAGAGACAUGGCUGUCUGUUUGGCUUUGCCUGCGCCCGCCCGUCCAUGAGAGCUAAGACUUCCAGCCUGGAAAGAGGUACCUGAGAUUGGGUUCUCUCCAGGGAGCAGUACAGGUGGCAGGGAGAGAGAGAAGCUGCUUCAGCCUUGCUCAGGUGCACCUCACAGCCCCAGCCUCUUUCCAACAGCAGCAGCAGCAGCAGCAGCUAACCUGCCCACGGAGGAGGUGCUGCCACCACUCCCUGGGAUGUGUCCUGGCAACUGGCUCUGGGCUUCUAUGACGUUCAUGGCGCGAUUUUCCCGGGGUGGUUCCCGGUCACCUGCCCGAGCUGGGGGGCACCUGGAGGACGCAGCCCCUGCUCAACACCCCCUCCUCAGUGUCUUUGAAUUGGAGAGGCUUCUCUUCACCGGCAAGACUGCCUGUAACCAUGCAGAUGAGGUCUGGCCAGGCCUCUACCUUGGAGACCAGGAUAUAGCUGCCAAUAGACGGGAACUGAGCCGGCUGGGCAUCACCCAUGUGCUCAAUGCCUCCCACAGUAAGUGGAGGGGAAUACCAGAGGCUUAUGAAGGACUAGGUAUCCGAUACCUGGGUGUGGAGGCCCAUGAUUCACCUGCCUUUGACAUGAGUAUCCACUUCCAACCAGCCGCUGAUUUCAUCCACCGAGCACUGAGCAGGCCAGGAGGGAAGAUCCUGGUGCACUGUGCAGUGGGCGUGAGCCGCUCAGCCACCCUAGUCCUGGCCUACCUCAUGCUCUACCACCAGCUCACCCUUGUGGAAGCCAUUAAGACCGUCAAAGAUCAUCGAGGCAUAAUCCCCAACAGGGGCUUUCUGAGACAGCUUCUGGCGCUGGACCGCAGGCUGCGGCAGAGCCGGGAAGCAUGAGGUGGUUGGGAAGGGGUCUGGUGAGUGGGUCCUCAGCUCCCAGCUAGAGACCUGGGGACCAGAAGGCAGAAAGCAGGAGGCCCAGAUAAAUCAUCCUCCCCUCCAAGAGGGAGCAUGCUAGUGCUGAGCCCCAGCUGGUUGUUCCCAUUGGUUUAGAUGGGAGCAAUGAUCGUGAUGAAGGUUUGUGAUGAGUGGGCUUGUGGAAGGGCUGGCUCCUUCGGAGGCAAGCCAGGUAAAGAAGAGAGAACAAAGGUGGAUAGAGCCAGAGGAGUCAGAAUUCCCUGGAAUCCGCCUGUGGCUCAGAAGGAAGUGGACAAGUCCUUUCUCCUUUCUGUCCAAGGUCCCCUCUCCUCGAUCUUAUUUAAAAUGGGAGGACUGUCCUUGGACCACUUCCACACAGAGAUGUAGGAAGGAUGGGUAAGAUGGUAUAGUACAAAGUGUGGAAUGUGAAGGAGACACCCCCAGGCUUGUGUGUAGGUAAUGUGGUUAUGUUGAGGUUUGACGCAGUGCUCAAGGGUACCAUUCACGGCUGUAAAAUGGCAGUUAUGCAUGACUGGGGGUCUUGAGAAGGAAGUACUCCCACUAGACAAGUGGAUAUAACAGGAAGAAUAAAGAUGGUGAACCAAAAAUAGAGUCUCAUUAAAUUAUUCUCCCUCCAGGAGGCAGAGUGGGUCCUAAAACCUCUCUCCUUAGAGUCCCUAAAUGGUCAUUACCCAUGACAACACCAUCUCCCACUUUGGGCUAAGACAUUGAGCCAACCAUAUCCACUCCAGGGCAAAAACAUGGCACAUGAUCUUAGAGAGGAAAGGAAGUCAGGGGAAAUCUGAUUUGUGGCCAUUUGGUGGCUGGGACAGGGAACAAAAGGUGCCUAGGUUCAGGGGUAAAGGCCAGAGCCAGCCUGAAGCAAAACUAUAAAGCAGGCAAAGAUAUUUUUUCCCAGAUUUUCCAUUUGCCCAAGUGUCUAGCGCUCUCAUGCUUCCCUGACCCCUUCCUUUAACUGAGGUAGAAUUAUGUAAUGGAAAGAGGCUACUUGGCUUAGUGGAUAGAGCAAUGAAUCAUCAUUUGAACCCCCCUUCAUAUACUUGCAAACUGUGUGACCUUGGGCAAGUAAUCUAAUCUCUGAAAAUCAGUUUCCUAGUCUCUAAAUGGAGAUAACAAUGGCUGUGAGGAUCCAGUGAGAUGUUAUCUUUAAAUCAAGCUGCAAACCUAAAAACAUUUGGGCAACCUGGAUACUUGUUCCAACUCUGCCACCCUGAGUGGUUUAACUAUUUGCCCCCUCUGGAACUUAGUUCUCUGUUAAAUGAGGCAGUUGUCCUAAAUGCCCUAAAUGAUAACUGAACUUUGAAGUUUGCAAAAGCCUUUAUAGGAUGAUAGGACAGCUCCCCCCAAAACUAAUGACAUCUUGGGCUCCAUUAAGAGGUGCAGGGUGCAGGGCUAGACAGGUGAUAUUGCCACCAUCCUGCACAAUUCUGGAUGCCACAUUUUAGGAAGGAUAUAGACAAGAAAGUAACAAGGAUGGUUAAAGUGUUUGAGAUCACAAUAGAAAAAGAUCACUUGAAAGUUAUUGGGCUACUCAACCUCAAAAAGAAAAGGGAGUGAUAGCUGUCUUCACAUCUUUGAAGGACUGCUACAUGGAGGAAGGAUUACAUUUGCUCUGCUCAGUUCUACAGGAUCAGUGGUUGAAAAUUAUGAAGUCGAUUUCAGCUCAAUGUAAAGGAAAACUUCCUCACAAUUAAAGCCAUACAAAAGCUG